CCCAUCAUGCCACACAAACUUUGCACUCUCUCUCUUCUCCUUCCUCUUCUUCUUCUUGACAGACAGUUUUAGUUUGCAGUCUGAGAAGAAGCAAAGCAAAAUCCAUGGCGACUUGUCUAAGUCUGACCUAUCUUCCUCAGUUUCCAAACUCAGUUUCUCACUCUUUCCCAUUUUCUUCUUCUUCAAUCAGAUGCCUUUCUUCAACCAAAAUUCACACUGUCAGGAACCCAAAAGCUCGCACUUUCCACUCAUUGAUACGACACCGUUCGAGUUUGAGGAAUACCCAUCAUAGGAAAAGCUUUACUUUGAGGUCUGCUGUGGAUGAUGUCUCUGUUAUUGACCCUCCUCCGCCACCACCUCCUUCAUCGCCUCCCAAUCCUGAGCUUGUAGCCUCGUUGAAGCUCAAGCUAUUUAGUGCUGUUUCCGGACUAAAUAGAGGUCUUGCAGCAAGCGAAGAUGAUGUACGAAAGGCAGAGGCCGCUGCCAAGGAGGUUGAAGAAGUUGGAGGACGAGUUGAUCUCUCAACUGAUCUUGACCAACUGCAAGGAAGAUGGAAACUGAUAUACAGCAGUGCAUUUUCAGGUAAAACAUUAGGUGGGAGCCGUCCUGGACCUCCCACUGGAAGGUUACUCCCUAUAACUCUUGGCCAGGUAUUUCAACGGAUCGACAUUGUAAGCAAGGAUUUUGAUAACAUAGUGGAGCUUGAAUUAGGUACUCCAUGGCCACUUCCACAGAUUGAAGUGACUGCUACCUUAGCCCACAAAUUUGAACUCAUAGGACUGGCAACUAUUAAAAUAUCGUUCGAAAAAACCACUGUAAAGACUACUGGGAACUUAUCACAACUUCCACCGCUAGAACUACCCCGACUCCCUGAUGGAUUAAGGCCUCCAUCCGAUACAAGAAGUGGUGAAUUUGAAGUUACAUAUAUUGACAGCGAUACCCGCAUCACAAGAGGAGAUAGAGGAGAGCUAAGGGUUUUUGUGAUUUCCUGAUUCUUCUUGGUAUUGUAUAGAUUUUCUUUCUGAAAGUUCACUGUUCCAUCAGAAAGUUCUAGUGUCAAUUUUUUCUGUCCUUUGCUGUUGCUUCAAUGUUAUAUUGGUUUCCAUCUUUUUUUUUCUUUUUGGUAAAUAUAUUGGUUUUCCAUCUUGUUAUAACCUAGAGAUGGAAAGGGAACUGUGUACGAAACAUGAUGUCCAUUGAUAGAACAAGAUUUGUAUACUUGUAAAUUUUCAAUGCAUAUACUGAAUAUUCUAUCA